UCCGGCGGCGCGGCGAGGCGGGCGCGGCGAUGCUGCUGACGGUGUUCUGCCUGCGGCGGGACCGCUCCGAGCUGACCUUCUCGCUGCAGGUGGACGCGGACUUCGAGCUCCAGAACUUCCGCGCCCUGUGCGAGCUCGAGUCCGGCAUCCCCGCCGCCGAGAGCCAGAUCGUCUUCGCCGAGCGGCCACUCACGGACAACCACCGGUCAUUGGCUUCUUAUGGCCUGAAGGACGGAGAUGUUGUGAUUCUGCAGCAAGUGGAAAAUGCCCAGGCACAGCCCCCGGCCCCCUUUCCCGGCCUGCCCAGGAUAGACUUCAGCAGCAUCACUGUGCCGGGGACGUCUGCCCAGCUCUCCCAGUCGCUACAGCUGCCGCCCCCCGCCACAGCCACGGCCCCAGCCGCGGCCCCUGCCCGGCCCCCGCCCCCUCCUGAACUGCCCUCCUCCCCCCAGGGCCUGGAUAACCCGGCCCUUUUACGAGCCAUGCUGCUGGCCAACCCCCACGAACUCUCCCUGCUGAAGGAGCGCAACCCCCCUCUGGCCGAGGCGCUGCUCAGCGGAGACCUGGAGAAAUUCACCCAGGUGCUGGUGGGGCAGCAGCAGGAUCGGGCACGCCGGGAGCAGGAGAGGAUCCGUCUCUUCUCUGCUGACCCUUUUGACCUGGAGGCUCAGGCGAAGAUCGAGGAGGACAUCAGGCAGCAGAACAUCGAGGAGAAUAUGACCAUCGCGAUGGAGGAGGCUCCUGAGAGCUUCGGCCAGGUGGUGAUGCUCUACAUCAACUGCAAGGUCAACGGCCACCCCGUGAAGGCCUUCGUGGACUCGGGUGCCCAGAUGACCAUCAUGAGCCAGGCGUGCGCAGAGAGGUGCAACAUCAUGCGGCUGGUGGACCGGCGCUGGGCCGGCAUCGCCCGGGGUGUGGGCACCCAAAAGAUAAUUGGCAGGGUGCACCUGGCCCAGGUCCAGAUCGAGGGGGACUUCCUUCCAUGCUCCUUCUCCAUCCUGGAGGAGCAGCCCAUGGACAUGCUGCUGGGCCUGGACAUGCUGAAGAGGCACCAGUGCGCCAUCGAUCUCAAGAAGAACGUGCUGGUGAUUGGCACCACCGGCUCUCAGACGGCCUUCCUGCCAGAGGGGGAGCUCCCUGAGUGCGCCAAGCUGGCUUACGGGGCGGGGCGGGAGGACAUGCGGCCGGACGAGCUGGCGGAUCAGGAGCUGGCAGAAGCCCUGCAGAAAUCUGCUGAGGAAGCAGAGAACUGCGACACAGAAACUACCUCACUCGGAGCACCAUCGCAGCCCGCUUCGGACGGCUUUGAACAUCCAGUUUGCUUUCCGGAACGCGGUCUGAAGACCCACGGCAGCCUUGCCAGCCGACUGCUCGAUCACUCUGUCUCUGCCCCCUCGGCUUGCUCCCCCCAAAGCGGCCGGGCAGAGCCCGUGAACCCCAGAGCUGAGGGGUCUCCGGACUGUCUCCUGGAGCCCUCGGGGCCGCUCAGAAACGGGCGGCUGCUAGCAUCACCACCGAAUCUUGCUGGCACCGGCGCUGCUUCGGCCGAAGUCCCUGCAGCCAGCUCCCCCAUUGGGGGCUCGGCUCCCCCCCAAAACACGCGUGCUAAGACGGCGGCUUCCGGCUGUCUGCAGGAGGAGGAUGCUCCUGGCAUGGAGCCUCAGGAAGCGGGGGCAGAAAGCAGCCCCUGUGACGCCCCCUGGGAGACGAACGCGUCGGACGCCCCCCUGCUUCUGGAGCCCGCAGAGCGGAACAAGGCGCCGGAGAUGGGUGGGACCCCCAGGAAGGAGCCCCCUCCGGGUGAACAGGGGGAGCCUGUCUGCGGGGAGGACAUUUUCUCGCCCCCUGUUGAGGAGGAGCAGCGCUUCAGGGACAGAGAAGAGGGAGGGGCUUCCCGAGUGGCUGAGGGGAAGCCGGAGGGGGCCCUGGCCCCGCUGCUGGGAGGAGACCCCUCACUCGAGGGCCCCUCUGCUCCAGAGCCUUCAGACCCACACAUUCUGGGGUCAGCUGGUGGGGGCGCCCAGGACACUGGGAUGGAGCUGGAAUUGUACAGACCGCACGGCCUCCCUCUGCCUCUCGGUCUGCUCCCGGCGAGUAGCUUGACCCCGCCCGGAAAUGCCGGCUACCCCAGCCGAUCCAGGGAUCAGGACAAAGACCAGGGUGUCUCCCUCGCCUCUGCCCUGAAGGAGCUCCACCGGCUACUUGUCGAGAGCGCUCAGCACGACUUCCGGGUCGCUCGGCAGGAAGAGAGCUGCUCCCCGGUGGCCCCUCCUGAGGACCUGAGUCCGGCUGAGGAGAUGUCCCUGGAGAGACCGGGCCUGGCCCUCUCCCACCCCGUGCACCCCGGCAUGGAAGCCGCUGCCUCAGCCAGGACGGGGAUGCCACAGGAGCACCGACUAGCCGGGGGGCUCGAGCAGGAGGCUCCAGGGGCCAUCCAAGGAGCCUCUGGCCGCACCCACGCCGUCCCCGCCAGCCCUUUGGCAGCGUUGCCUCCGCAGCAAGGCGAGGAACACCUGGAAACCAUGGCUCGACACUUAUCCUCUGGGGAACUCCCUGGCUGCACUGCCUCCAGGCAGAGCCCUCUUCCCUCGCACGCCCUUGGCCCAGACCCCCGGGCGGCGCAGGGCAUCGCCGGUCGUCCCCCAGAAGAAAGGAGAGCCUCCGAGGCAGCAGCUGAGAAGCGGCCGGAGGACCAGCCUGAGCCUUCGGUGCCUCCGCAGGGCAGCUUCCCGGGGGCCCCGGCCCACCCGUCUGCUCUUUCCUCAGCUGCAAACCUGGAUCAGAUUGUGGGGGCUGGGUUCACCCCCCAGGAGGCUGGAGAGGCUCUGGAGCACGCGGGUGGGAACGCUGAUCUUGCCCUCCUCAUCUUGCUAGCCAGGAACAUCGUGGUUCCCACGUAGCCACGGCCACCCUGUAAAUGUCCAGCCUUGUUUCUCAAAGAGCCCACCCAGACCAUUUGAUUGAGUGUACUUUUUUUUUUUUGGAAAGCGGGAGAGAAGAUCAUUUAUUUUCAACCAGAUCUUCUUCUGUUUCCCUUGUUGAAUUUAGGCCAUUUAAAAUAAUCAAAUAUUGGUAUUGUAUGAAAACCGCAAUUUAUUAUUACUAUUAUUAUUAUUCUGGCAAUGUUUAUGGAAUAAACUUUAUUUAACUAUA